AUGAGAAAUGUUUAUUGCUUACCUUUCUACUUUCUAAAGGGAACACAAGCACAAAUCCAUAUGGAGGAUGAAUCUCCUCCUUCUCAAGGAGUCAGUGUCAAGGUCUUGGAGGCAACAUUGUUGUCAGCCCUGAAGAUGCUGGAUGUUGGGAAAUGGCCGAUUUUUUCUCUCUGUUCCCAAGAAGAGCUCAAGUUAAUUCGUCAAGCCUGUGUAUUUGGCAGUGCUGGUAAUGAAGUGUUGUAUGUGACUGAAAAUGAUGAGGUUUUUGUGCUUGGCAUGAACUGCAGUGGGUGUUUGGGAACAGGUGACAUGCAGAGCACUAUUGAACCCAGGAGGUUAGAUACUCUGUGUGGCAAAAAGAUAGCCUGUCUGAGUUACGGAAGCGGCCCUCAUGUUGUUCUUGCUACAGAAGAAGGAGAAGUAUAUACAUGGGGUCAUAAUGCUUACAGUCAGUUGGGCAAUGGUACAACAAAUCAUGGUUUCGUUCCCUGUCAAGUCUCUACUAACUUGGUGAACAAGAAAGUGAUUGAAGUUGCCUGUGGCUCUCAUCAUUCUAUGGUGUUAACAUGUGAUGGAGAGGUAUACACAUGGGGUUAUAAUAACUCAGGCCAAGUUGGAUCUGGAUCAACAGCUAAUCAACCAAUUCCUCGAAGAGUUACCAGCUGCCUACAAAAUAAAAUAGUAGUUAAUAUAGCUUGUGGACAGAUGUGCUCUAUGGCUGUGGUGCAAAAUGGAGAGGUCUAUGUCUGGGGUUACAAUGGUAAUGGCCAGCUUGGGCUGGGCAGCAGCGGCAAUCAGCCAACACCAUGCCGAAUAGCAGCUUUGCAAGGCAUUCGUGUACAGCGGGUUGCCUGUGGCUAUGCACAUACAUUAGUGCUAACAGAUGAAGGUCAGAUUUAUGCCUGGGGAGCCAAUUCAUAUGGCCAGUUAGGUACUGGGAAUAAAAGCAACCAGUCUUACCCUACAACAGUUAUUGUGGAUAAGGACAGAGUUAUAGAGAUUGCUGCCUGCCACUCUGCUCACACGUCGGCCGCCAGGACCCAGAGCGGUCAGGUGUACAUGUGGGGCCAAUGCCGUGGGCAGUCAGUGAUCCUUCCCCACCUCACUCACUUUGCCUGCACUGACGAUGUGUUUGCUUGCUUUGCUACCCCUGCCGUUAUGUGGCGUCUUCUAUCAGUAGAGCCUGAUGACCAUCUAACAGUAGCUCAGUCACUAAAGAAGGAAUUUGACAACCCUGAAACUGCAGACCUGAAGUUUCUAGUGGAUGGAAAAUACAUUCAUGUUCAUAAAGUUCUUCUCAAAAUUAGGUGUGAACAUUUUCGUUCCAUAUUGAAUAAUGAUGAUGAAAUUAUAGAAAUGAAUGAAUUUUCUUAUCCUGUUUACCGAGCCUUCCUGGAAUACCUGUACACAGACAGCAUUAGGCUCCCUCCUGAAGAUGCAAUAGGAUUGCUAGAUUUGGCAACACUUUAUAGAGAAAACAGAUUGAAAAAGCUUUGCCAGCAAACAAUCAAACAAGGCAUUUGUGAAGAGAAUGCCAUUGCUCUUCUUUCCGCCGCUGUCAAAUAUGAAGCUGAGGACUUGGAAGAAUUUUGCUUCAGAUUUUGCAUAAACCAUUUAACUGUUGUUACACAAACUCAAGGCUUUGCAGAAAUGGACCACGACCUCCUGAAAAACUUCAUUAGCAAAGCAAGCCGAGUGGGAGCAUUCCGAAACUGAGGUCUGACGACCACCAAGCUGA